AUGCCACGUGUGAACGGCCACAAGGACCGCUUCGACCGGCAGAUGGUGCUCUUAGGGCAGGAUCUUCCAGAGCAACCGUCGCUGAUCUCCCUAGAGCUGGACCGGACCUACUUCUCGGCCCGGUCGGCGGUGUGCACUGCCCAGAGGCUGCGCCCCGGGCUGCCGGUCACCUUCCAGCUCCAGAACCUGAAGCCGGACACCCCGUACAUGGUCUUCAUCAGCAACAUUCCCGAGGCAGAGAUGCGCAGCCCCCUGCGCUUCCGCACCCUCCCCACACGCAUGGAGUCCCUCCGAGUGGUCGUUCUGGGGGACUAUGCGACCGCGAGCUUCGGCAGCGGCUGGCAGGAUGACUCGGACCCCUGGAAAGAGCUGCAGAAGUCCGUGGCCUCCGGGCUGGAGGUGCAGGUGGCGCUGCAGGUGGGCCGCAGUUACGCCGCGGAGAUCUUCGACCAGGUCUGUGGCAGCCUCCAGGAGCAUCAGAGCUUUUGCGAGGGCCCGAGGCAGCGGAUGCUGAAGGAGGCCCGGAACCUCCUGCGGGAGAGCUACCGCAUCACGCGCGGCCUUCGCACUUUGCUGCGGAUGGGCCGGGAAGAGAUGUGA